AUGUCACAGAGAAGUGAAUCCGAAGAGAUCUUAGACCGAAUCCAAAAUCAAAAAGGCGUGACUGGAUUAAUCGUCGUUAACCCAGAAGGUGUACCAGUUCGAUCCAGUAUGGACAACGGAACAACCCAACAGUACAUCGCCCUGUCAAAAACGAUGGCAAAGCUCGCAAGAGGUCUUGUGCGUGACGUUGAUCCCAUGAAUGACCUUCAGUUUCUUAGAAUCAAGACGCGGCGAUCAGAGAUCAUGAUUGCUCCAGAGGUCCAAUCAAAAGACAAAGUAAGCUAUCUGAUAGUUGUCCAGAACGAGGAUUGA